GUAAGAACGCGUGAGUUCUCUAUAGGAGAAGGGAGAGACCGGGUGUUUGUGUGUGUGGAGGAGCUGGUUGUGGAGACCAAGGUUAAGCGGGUUUGGGACGUGGUAAAUCUGGAUCGCACCAGUUCACUACCGGCUUAUGUAGUCGGGGUGGUCACUCUUUCAAUCGGCAGAUUGCGGCGGUGUGCUUUUCACGAUGUGAGCUAGAGGGACGUUGACUCUGUGGUGCCUGGUAUUGUUUCACCGACGUGCAAGAGCUGGCCGAGUGGGUGCGGCGGGAAGGAAGGAGGUGGUAUUCCUUUGCAAGCGUAGAGGAGAUGUCGGGGAGUAGAUAGAUUUGUGGAGACAUCAAAGUGACGACGUGGUUUUGUGUCGAGGCUCUCGUGGGAAAUUCAAGGUGACGCGGCUGCUGCUAGUUAAUUUUGGCGGCGUGGUGUACGAAAUCCAUCCAUCCGACGGAAGUCAAAGCCGAAUUGUGUGGAAGCGGUUUGACCGAGGUCGAAAGGUUGGCGUCUGAGUACGAGCGGCGGGAAGUGUGUUGGUAGGGCUCCUUUGCAAGUGGAGAGGAAGAGGCGGGGAGUAGCGCGGUCUUUGGGUUUUUUUGUCGCGUAGGGGGUACCGUACGUUCUCAUGGCGCCCAAAGCAGCCGAUGGCCCAGGGAUCGGAAUCGACCUGGGAACUACGUACAGCUGCGUCGGCAUUUGGCGGCAUGACAAGGUGGAGAUCAUCCCCAACGACCAAGGCAAUCGAACAACGCCAUCGUAUGUCGCCUUUACUGACACCGAAAGGUUAGUCGGCGACGCUGCCAAGAAUCAAGUGGCGUUGAAUCCGGAGAACACGGUGUUCGACGUGAAGCGUUUGAUCGGACGAAAGUAUUCGGAUCCGUCGGUGCAAGCAGACACGCGGCUAUGGCCGUUCAAGAUGGUCCCGGGCGCGGGUGACAAACCCAUGGUGCAAGUGAAGUUCAAAGGCGAGACGAAGCUGUUCGCACCUGAAGAGAUCUCCGCCAUGGUGUUGGCCAAGAUGAGAGAGUUCGCGGAGGCGUACAUGGGGCGGGAAAUAACGAAUUCGGUGAUUACGGUGCCCGCAUACUUCAACGAUUCCCAGAGGCAGGCGACGAAAGACGCGGGAGUAAUUUCGGGACUGAAUGUUCUGCGAAUCAUCAACGAACCUACUGCCGCUGCUAUCGCCUACGGAUUGGACAAGAAGGGGCAGAAGGGAGGAGAGCACGACGUGGUGAUCUUCGACCUUGGCGGCGGCACUUUCGACGUGUCCUUGUUGACUAUCGAUGAAGGCAUCUUCGAGGUGAAGGCCACGGCCGGAGACACUCAUCUAGGCGGUGAAGAUUUCGACAACCGUCUUGUGAACCACCUCGUUCAGGAGUUCAAACGCAAGUACAAGAAGGAUAUUUCCAACAGCCCUCGGGCUUUGCGGCGUUUACGAACGGCGGCAGAGCGCGCCAAGCGAGCGUUGUCGACGACGCAUCAGACGACCAUUGAAGUGGAGGCGCUGUACGAGGGCGUUGACUUCUAUACCACGGUGACUCGCGCUCGACUCGAAGAGAUGUGCAUGGAUUUGUUCCGCAAGUGUCUGGAGCCCGUGGAGAAGGUGCUAAGAGACGCGAAGAUCGACAAGAAACAGGUGGAGGAGGUGGUGCUCGUAGGAGGUUCCACGCGCAUUCCCAAGGUUCAGCAGAUGCUGUCCGACUUCUUCAACGGGAAGGAUCUGUGCAAGAGUAUCAAUCCCGACGAGGCUGUGGCGUAUGGUGCGGCGGUGCAGGCUGCGAUCUUGACCGGAGAGACGAGCGAGAAGGUGCAAGACCUCCUCCUCCUCGACGUCGCGCCUCUCAGCCUCGGCCUGGAAACUGCCGGCGGCGUCAUGACUGUGCUCAUCCCGAGGAACACGACCGUUCCCACGAAGAAGGAGCAGGUCUUCUCUACCUAUGCCGACAAUCAGUCAGGGGUUUUGAUCCAGGUCUAUGAAGGCGAGAGGGCUCGGACGCGGGACAACAAUCUUCUGGGGAAGUUCGAGUUGACGGGCAUUCCCCCUGCGCCACGUGGCGUGCCUCAGAUCAAUGUAACCUUCGACAUCGACGCGAAUGGAAUUCUGAACGUGAGUGCGGAGGAUCGGACCACGGGCAAGCGGAACAAGAUCACCAUUACGAACGACAAAGGAAGAUUGUCGAAGGCCGAGAUCGAGCGAAUGGUCGAGGAGGCGGAGAUGUACAAGACUGAGGAUGAGCAGGCUCGAAAGAAGGUGGAGGCGAAGAACGCGCUCGAGAACUACGCGUACAACGUGCGGAACAACGUGCUGAAGGGGGACAACGUGGCGAGCAAGCUCGAUCCAGAUGAAAGGGAGAGGGUAGAGAGGGCAGUGAAUGAGACGCUGGAGUGGCUGGACAGGAACCAGCUGGCCGAAGUAGACGAAUUCGAGGACAAGCAGAGGGAGUUGGAGAAUGCGUGCAAUCCAAUCAUUGCGAAGAUGUACGCGGGAGGGGAGAGAGAGUACCCAGCGGGGCCAGGUGCUGACACGUCCGGAAGGGGGCCAACCAUCGAGGAGGUUGAUUAGGGAAAAGCGAAAGGCGCCGAAAGCUAUUAGGGAGCGGGGGGGAAAGCCGGCUGCCGUGCCUCGUCUGCUGAACUGCGGCAUAGAGGAGCAAGUGAAAAGGAGCGUGUGAGAAGUAGAAACGGAACUGCGGCAUAGAGGAGCAAGUGAAGAGGAGCGUGUUGAAAGUAGGAACGGAAGAUCAUUGCAUCUCGGAAGCCGCCGACGUGAAGGUGCGGAGGUUGUGCGAUAGCAAGACACGGAGCACCGUCGGCGGUAAAUGCCGCACGGGACUCGCUUUCGAGGAAGGGAGAGAGGACAAGAUGGGGAGGCCAGUUCCGUCAGGAGAUCGUCGUGAAUGUGGCCUUGCCAGUCUCUAGCAAUUGGCAAGGCCUUCAGGUGAGUGGGUGUUGUAGGUGAACGUGGAGAGGAACUAUAUAGUAGUUACCCUUGUGAGUAGGAGAUCGGCACUUAGUCGAAUAUAGGUACUCAAGGCUCUUUUUGCUGCUGUAUAAUGUAGCGAGGAUGUUCACACACGUGCACUUACGCGGAUCGUUGGUUGUGUGUGAUAGUAUGUACAUUACAGACUGUAUUGUUGGCAGGCCGCGAGAGUUUGGGCUGAAUGUCGAGAACUAGGUAGUUGUUGUAGGAGAGCUCAGAGCGGUGUGGGAGAUCGACCGAUAGCAAAAUGUAGGCGGUCGGUCAAAUGUUCUCACGGAUAUUCGCGUAAGGUUAUCAAUUCAUCCCCCCCCCCGCCCCCCCGCGUGCAAAACCCUUGUAUUCAGUCGCCACAAAGGCAUAAAGUGUGGGAGGGCCUCAAAUGAAGUUGCAUCACGAUG